AGAAACAUUUAGUGAACAGGUUGGUUUGGUAUUCAAGGUUAAUUAUGGCUGAACUAGCCCAAUUGUUCUUGUUGGACAGUAUGUGACAUAGAAAGAAAUAACAUAUUGACUAACAAUGCGAGAUGCGUCAAAGACCAAAGGCCUUAUUACCAUAACAUUACUCUGCUGCUUGUUCAUCUACCUGCUGCCCAAUUUUGACGUUUUGCCGGACAGAAGAGUCCCAAGAGAUGAGGCUACUGACACAAAACUCCACUGUGUCCUUCCCAAACCCGUUCCAACCAACCACAACGUUGUCGUCGUGACGGCUCCACCAAAACAAAAGUCAAACAAAUCACAACCGGAAGUUUCUUUUUCUGUGGAUGAGAACCUCACUCUGUCUGUUGCAGCUCCAGGGAGUGAGUUUGCUUGCGUGUAUCAGCUCAUCCUGUGGAGCCACGAUAAAUUCAGGUUUCAACUUGGCCCAUGGAGCGAGAAUUUCACUCAAACCGUUCAGUUACCAAAUGAGGCCGAACACGUUCGCUUAUUCUGCACAGACAAAGCUUCUCAUCCUUUGGCAGACUAUUUAUUUGAGGUUACCCCAAAAAGAAAAGUCCUAGAGAUAAGAAACUACAAAGACGCUCUUUCUGACAAGAUGACGACAAGGAUUUCUGCUCAAAACUCCAGUGUUUUGUUGAUCUUAGUGAAUGGAUUGAGGCAGCUUGACUUUGUAUCUAGUAUGAAACGUACGUAUGGUGUGCUUAUGACGGAAUUGCAGUCCAUUGGUAUGAACUAUCACUCCCAGCACGUGUUCACCAAAUUCUACAACAUGUUUCCAAUAUUGAAAGGUCGCCCAGCUAGAACUGCUAGAACAAGUUCACCAAACAAAACAGAAGCAGCAAAUGAAUUUAUCUGGGAGAAGUUUAGCCGUCAAGGCUAUGUCACUUUCAGUUCAGAGGACAGUCCAGAAGAUGGUACUUUAUCGUUUAAUCUCUCUCGGUCUAGAUUUCCGGAUUUCACAUCCGCCCCACUGGUCACAGCCUACAAUUUUCUCAAGUCUAAGGUUCCCAGUGUAAAAUCUGCCCUGAGACCCGAGUCAUGGCUCAGAAACUUUCAUCUUGAGAACGUUGAGAUGCUCUUUGAUCUGUUUCCAGAGCGCCCUAUCUUCUCCUUUGUUCAUUUCUCAAGGCGACGUCGUAGUUCUCAGGGCACCACUUUGGACGAUGAACUGUCCACCUUUCUGAGUAACAUGAAGUCCAGUGGUCAUCUGGACAACACUUUAGUCUUCCUCCUGUCGGACUCAUCCAAGUACCAUCUAGUCGAGCAGCCCAGGAGUCUUCACGUCCUGCCUCUUUAUAUUUACUUACCGUCUACCUUUGUCCGCGAGUUCCCGGACUUGGUGCAAAAUCUGAAAGACAACGCGGACACCAUAACGACACAUUUUGACCUGUAUGUCACGUUGGUGGAACUGUCAGGUCAACAGGAUAACAAUGUAUCUGUGCUGGCCCAAGGGCAGUCAUUGUUUCAGAAGAUUCCUUUUCAUAGAUCUUGUGGGAAAGUUUUGGUUCACAGUCUGCUGUGUUCGUGUCAGACCAGUGUUUAAAUAGUGACCAGUUUAUGAUUAGUCUUUCUAUUUUUGAUAACAUUUUAUUGUUUGAAAUAUGUUGAAGUCUCAGAUAGAAUAAAACAGUACAAAUAUU